AAUCAUGUGAGCGUUCGCGUGAUCAUGCAUGGUGAUACUGAUAGACCACUAAAAUAGUCGCGUUUGACGAAGUGGAUGUUUUGCAUUCCCUUCGACGUUCUGAGCGUAUUUCCGAAUCACGCUUGGAUUCCAAUUGCCUCAUUUGAAAUAGCAGCUAACGAGUGCUUGACUGCCUUGAGGCGCAGCUGCGUUUCAGAUUGUGUUAGGACUAAGGAUCCCAAGGCAAGAAGGAAGAUGUCCGAAGCAUGCUGCCAUUGAAUGGUCGAAGCCGCUAAAAGUGAAUGAAGAAUUCGAGACACUCAUGAUGUCGACAAGGCGAAAAGGCUGCAAUCGAUGGACACGAAUGAUACCCUUUCACCAAAUCAUGUCGGCAUGCCUAGCGCUUGCUUUGUUGGUCGGCGUGACGAAGGAGGCAUUCGCGGCUACCACGUCAGCAGAUUGUCAGCAAACGGCUGCGGUAGGCUUGACGGAGGACGGAACGUUUACGCUGCCCGUUGGUGUUCUCGUCCACUCACUAACCGAUAAGGAAAGUAAGCAGACAAUGGAGGCUGUUCAACUAGCUAUUGAUGAAGUCAACCGAAACGCUACCCUGCACCAGCGUACGGGCGCCAUAAAGUGGAAACUCGUGGCCAGCGUGAGGCCAACGAACUGGCAGCGAUUUGAUGCUCUCGAGGACAGUUUGUCGUUGAUCGAGACCAGUCACGCCAUUGCCAUAGUGGGUAUGGCCGCGUCGACGACUGUGAGUGUUGUAGGGCCGGUAGCUGGCAGGGCUGGGGUGCCGGCCAUCGCGACGGCCGUCACGAACCGGGAUACACACACCACCUCGUUCUACCCAACGUUUCUGCGCGCCUGUCCUUCCGACGUGCUGCUGCCGUUCGCACUGAAGGACUUGGUGCUGCACUACAUCUGGCACUCCGUCGCACUCAUCUACUCGACAGCAUUCAGCGGCUACCAUGCUGUGAAUGACAUCAUCGAUAAAGCACCGGGCUUCGGAGUCAACGUCGUACAGAGCGUUCACGUGGAGUUUGAUGGAACGUCGUUUGACAGCGUCACGGGCCAGAAGACCAACCUUUCCUCGCAAACACUGGAUAAGAUGGCGUCCAUUGUCGCUAAGAACUGCAAGAUCAUUGUACUGAACGUGGACGGCAGCGAGCUCUUGUCCAUUCUGCAAUAUGCCAAGAAACUGGGAAUGCUAGAGAAAGGCUAUGCGUGGAUCGUGCUACAGUUCUUUACAUCUCCUGACCUUUUACCACAGGAACUUCUUGAUCUCCUCGACGGAGCACUGGUGUUCCGGCCAAAGCUGGAUAAUGUGCAGGCAUCUGCUCUUGCAGCAUCGCUACAUCAGCGAUCACCAGCAUAUGCUCCCACUAGUGGUGUCAACUCGCUCAGCUUGGAGUCAGUAUACUCAUACGAUGCCGUGCAGUCCAUAGGUCUUGCCAUCCCCGAUUGGAUUCGCGCAACGGGUGCGCCACGCCUGGUCAACUGUGGUGAAGUGGUGCAGGUCGUGCCUGGUGCCCUCUCCUUACGGCCCUGGCAGAAUAUUUCACUGCUGGUGACUGCUUUGCGCAACCUGCCAACCAGAACCGGUGCUGGUGGGCCAAUGAAGUUAGGAGAUGAUUAUUCUACUGUUGAUUAUGACGUGUUCAAUCUGGUCAAUGGAAAACUGGACAUGGUUGGAGAUUGGACCAGCAGCAACAAGCUGAACUUUUCCUCCGUCGACUUCUUGGAGAGAAAUAUCCGCUGGACUGGAGGCACGUACGAGGUGCCAUCAACGCGGGGCUUCCUCAAUCAAAACCUUCGUAUCUACGUGCCUCUAUCCAACCCAUUCACGUUUCUCUUGAGGAAGCCGCCGCUUCGAAAUGAAGACUUCUCCGGUGUGGCGGUGGACAUUCUCCGCAUGCUGGCCAACUCCACUGGAUUCAACUACACGUUCACCCUGUGGAAUGGCUCCUGGACGGACAUGGUUCGGACGGUGGGAAAUGAAAGCACGCCGUACGACUUGGCAAUCGGUAGCAUCACAGUGAACGCCGCCAGGGCCAAGCUCUGCUCCUUCUCCCAGUCGAUCUUCCUCAGCGGCCUGCGCAUCCUCGUCAACCGUCCACAGCCCACAAAGGAAGGAGGCUUCUGGAGCUUCUUCUUGCCAUUCCACUGGACUGUGUGGGUUGUUCUGGUUUUGGUUCUGAUUUUCUCCGGAUUUGUUCUCACCGUGUUGGAUCCGGCCGGGGUGGAGACUCAACGUCACAAGAGCAUCGCAAUCGACGGCAUCUUCUUCAGCUUUAUGUCCUUCUUCUUUGUGCACGAGGCAGAUGAGAUCAAGAUGGCAUGGGCGCGCAUCUACCUGGUUGUUGUCCAGUUCUGUAUGCUAGUGAUGGUGACGCUCUACACCGCUAACAUGGCUACCUUCCUCGCCGGCCAGUCUGCUGCGUCAGAUAUCACAGAUUAUGCCGACCUCUACCAGAAGCCAGUGGGCUGUCGUAAUGGCACUUCCAACUGGGCAUAUGUCAAUGACAAGCUUGGACUUCGCCAGGUUGUAGCCGUCGGUGGGCCAGACGAAGCUCUUGAGUGUCUCCGCAAUGGCUCUAUCGUGGCCUACAUUGCCGACAGUCCUCACAUCAGCAGGAUUGCGGCGAAGAACUGUGACGUCAUCGUCCUUGGAGCACACGUGGAUUCCCAGCAGUAUGCAUUUGCGUUCAAGAAAAAUUCCCCAUGGCAGUUGGAGAUCGACAGGGCACUUGGACUACUUAUCAAUCAGGGCAAGGUAACGGCCUUGUUCAAUCGAUACGUCCCUACCCAGUGCCAGCCAUACUCACCAACGGAGGGCGUGAAGCCAAUGACCCUGUCCAACCUCGGUGGGUUGUUCAUUCUGCUCGCAAUCGGCACCGCGGUAGCAACCGUGCUGAAGCUCUACAGUGUGUUCUAUGUCCGAAGAAAGAAGAUGGCGAAGCAUGACACCUCACAGUGGUGGUCAAACAGCUAUGCCGGUGAGAGUACUGCGCAUCUCGGCCCCGAGAGCUCCUGGGCGCCCAUGUCCAAUGACGGCUCGGCUUCUACGAUGAAGGAACCACUGCUGGAGCUGCAAAAGCCGGAUUGCGGCGAGCCCUCCUGUCGAGAUGGCUCAGUCGAGGCAGACGGAGGUUAUGCGCCAGUGCCGACAAUGCGCAAGCAGAGCAGUGCAACCCAGGGAGCACCGGAGCAGGACACACCUUUGUAGCAGGGUGGCAGGAGUCAGGUGUGCUAUUUCAAUGCCUGUGGCCAGCGCCGUGUGUGUUUGUUUUGCAGUAGACUGACUCGGCUAGCUCACCUAUAACCUGGCAAACUCUUGGUCGUAGAUACUAAUUAUAUCAAAAUACUGGGAUAGGUUCAAGGCUAUGCUGCCGACAAUAGAAUAAUAAUUAUUCUAUUGUCGGCAGCAUAGAACCUACUAUAGUUAUGUAACGCUGUGUGCAUGCUUGUAUAUGAGGUCUUUUCCUUCUCAACGUUCCUGAUUUGAAGCUUCUUCACUGAGUAGUCAGCUGAAGAGGUAUUGUUAGGCUAGUGGAAAUGAAGUAAGGCAGUAUAAGCAAAUAACGCUUUCAGCGAUUGAAUGCUAGUUGUAGAACCUGCUAUAUCGCACACACACAUCACUUGGAAUUAUUACUAUUAAUUUUUAUAGGCUCUGAAACUAGUUGUGCCGCACACCAACGCGACAAAGACAGAUCAUUGGUACCGCCGUAGUGUGGAAAUAGCUGUGGAGCAGUACUGGAGCAGUACUGGAGGUCUCCAAUGUUACACUGCACCAUUGUCACAUGUGCUUAGUUAUGCAUGCAUGCUAAUGCUAUCCGAAUUUGAGCUGAUUUACUUGAUGAUCAUAGUUUUGUCUCACAUACACCUGCAGACAUGUGUAAUUUUCCCAGUACACGGUAUGUACGAGUAUGUACGUACAUGAUUUUUAACCACGUCAAGUGAUAUGAUGCGGCCGCGAAUCCGGCUAACUUUACUGUUACAUGAUUGUAUUAAUUUUAUUGUGAGACGGUGAUUUACACCAAGCCACGAGGAGCUCCUAAUAUAUCUGCUUCAAUGUUCGCCAUGUGUAUACAAUCAUGUUUCUCGGCAUUCUUGUCCUCAUCGCUGCGGCCAUGAAUUCCACUGAUGAUGGUGACAUGAAAACGUUACGGAAUCAUACUAUCUGCAAGA